AUGGUAGGAGUGAUUGGUACCCACAACGGCAAAUUUCAUUGCGAUGAGGUCUUUGCCUGUUAUAUGCUGAAACGGCUAAAUCAGUUCAGGGACUAUACAGUUGUAAGAACUCGCGAUCAGUCUACCCUUGAUACUUGCGAUAUUGUAGUAGACGUUGGCGGAGUGUAUGAUCACUCAAGGAAGCGUUAUGAUCACCACCAAAGAGGAUUCGAAGAAACCAUGCAAACCCUGCGAGUGCUUGAUUUCAACACUAAGCUGAGCUCGGCAGGGCUAAUAUACGCUCAUUACGGCAGACAACUCAUUGCUGAGAUACUUGGAACCUCUCACGAAGAUAGAAUGGUAGGGAUUUUCUUUAGAAAACUCUAUGAGACUUUCGUUGAAGCCAUAGAUGCAAUCGAUAAUGGUAUACCGCAAUAUGAUGGUAUUCCGAGGUACUAUAUGUCCGGUGGACUUUCCGGACGCGUAGGACAUCUUAAUCCGCAUUGGAACGAAGUAGACGUCAAUCCGGAUGAACGGUUUCAUCAAGCAGUGGAACUGAUAGGAGGUGAAUUCGAAGCCAGUGUCUCUUAUCUAGCCAAUGUUUGGUGGCCUGCUCGUGAAAUUGUGGAAAAAGCCAUUGAAGAAUCUUCGCAGGCAAGCUUUGUGAAAGUUGACAGUAGCGGACGAAUUAUUUAUAUUUCGUGCGGUGGCGUCCCAUGGAAAGAGCAUUUCUUUGAUCUCGAGGAAGAAAAAGGCUUGGCAUCUCGAAGAAUGACAUACGUCAUUUUUGAAGGUAAGAUUCGACGAUGUGAAACUUCACUUCCGCUCAUUAGAAUGUCUUUUAGAAUGGCCUUACCGAAAUCAUGGCGAGGGCUAAGAGAUGAAGAGCUUUCAGACAUCAGCGGAAUACCUGGAUGUAUAUUCGUUCACACUACUGGUUGGUUUUUUGUUCAGAUGUAA